CUUAUUCAUAGCUUCCCUAGUAAUAAUCAAAGUACACAUCAAUAUUGUAGAUUAGAUCAGUUAACAACAACUGCUCUCACAAACAAACAAUCUGUUGGUACCAAUACUGGUCACUUUAAAACAACAGUGAUAAAGAAAGAUAAAAAGGAAUACAUGAGAGAAUAUAUGAGAAACAAGAGACAAGAUCCAGAGUUCAAAGACAAGGAAAGGGACAGUAUGAGAAACAAGAGACAAGAUCCAAAGUUUAAAAGCAAGGAAAUGGACAGUAUGAGAAACAAGAGACAAGAUCCAGAGUUUAAAAGCAAGGAAAGGAACAGUAAAAGAAACAAGAGACAAGAUCCAGAUUUUAAAGACAACGAAAGGGACUGUAUGAGAAACAAACGACAAGAUGCAGAGUUUAAAGAAAAAGAGAGGGACAGUAAGAGAAACAAGAGACAGGAUCCAGGGUUUAAAGACAACGAAAGGGACUGUAUGAGAAAAAAACGACAAGAUGCAGAGUUAAAAGGAAAAGAGAGGGACAGUAGGAGAAACAAGAGACAAGAUCCAGAGUUUAAAAGGAAGGAGAGGGACAGCAAAAGAAACAAGAGACAGGAUCCAGAAUUUAAAAGCAAGGAAAGGAACAGUAAAAGAAACAAGAGACAGGAUCCAGAAUUGAAAAGCAAGGAAAGGAACAGUAAAAGAAACAAGAGACAGAAUCCAGAGUUUAAACACAACGAAAGGGACUGUAUGAGAAACAAACAACAAGAUGCAGAGUUUAAAGAAAAAGAGAGGGAUUGUAAGAGAAACAAAAGACAAGAUCCACAGUUUAAAGACAAUGAAAGAGACCGUAUGAGAAAAGAACGACAAGAUGCAGAGUUUAAAGGAAAAGAGAGGGACAGUGACAACUGGUUCCAUGAGGUCACCAAUUCUGCAAGUGAAUUAAUGAGAGAGUUUAUAGAGGGUCAUACGAAUGAAGAUUCAGCAAUGCAUGACCAAUCAGAUGAAUCAGACUCGGAUGAAUUCUGUGAAGUUGAUAGUGGUAAGGAUGGAAAUCGUGAUAUUCUACUAGACAGUGACUCAUAUGACAUGAAUCAGAUCUUCACAUUUGCUCCAGGAGAGAGAGGGACAGCGUCCAGUUAG